AUGCCCGACAACUUCUCGCGCGUCGGGCCCGUGCUGGUCACCAUUUGCAUGACCUCCACGGUCUUCACCAAUUUGUACGCGGUCGUGGCCAUCUACUGCGUGAUGCUGCUGUCGUCCACGGGCAUCAAGACCAGCAGCGACCAGGAUGCGUGGUGCAUGGACAAUGGUUGCGCGUGUGCCGGCUGCUCGGGCGUAUUCAUCCCCGACAUCAUCGGCGUGGCCGUCAUUAUGUACGGCAUGCGCGGCCACCCAAUUCCGCCGUCACCCGAGCUAAAGUUCUUGCUGACCGCGGAUAUGUUCGGCAAACUGAGGCGAGGCCGAUGA